AUGUUAAAUUUGCUCAAAAGCCUUCAUUUUCAGACGCUUAGAUCGUUCCUAUCAGAAUACAUCACUGAGCAUCUUCCAGACGUAGUAGAUACGAUAUAUGUCAAGUCCUCAUGUGUGCCAAAUAUUACAUCGUUUGAAUGCACACAAAGCUGCGUUAGUUUAAUUUCAAAAGCAGUGAGAUGUCUUGUUGAUAGAGGAAUGAGCAAUCAAUUGUGUUCUGGAUACAUUCUAUCUACAGAUGAGGCAGAUCCAGGUAAGAUUCUCUGUACUUCACCAUUUGUGUCUUCUAAUAUGCUCAAGUCGCAUGAAUGGACAUGCGUUAUAAAUGCAAUUGGAGAUCAAUUGGCAGUGCAUUUACUUACAGAAUGCACACUUGUUCAGAAAGCCAACAACGUUUAUGUUCUUCUUGCAGGUGACUUUAGUAGCUUGUAUAAGAUGUAUCAAAAACCUGUGAAUAUGCGCAUUAACAGAGAUACGAUAUUCCAUAAGCACAUAAGAGUUGUGAGUUUUGUGGCUGUAAAGGCAUUUGAAUAUAUUUUUCAAGAGCAUAACUUGCAUAAAUACAAGACCAUGCAGACAGAUGUGAUGCAUGUUCUUCAGAAAAUCGAGAGAAGUGUAGCGCAUCUACCUUUAUCGCCGAUGUUUAAAUCAUACUUCCAUUGUGAGAUAAAUAUUGAAAACAAAACAGGCAUUAUGGAAUGCAGUAUCAAGUAUUCAAAGCUUGUUGAUUUUUUAUUUCUUAUAUCAAAGAAGUUAUUUGCAAAUGUAUUUGAUUUUGAGUCGUUCAGGAUACUCAAGUCAAGGAUAUCUCUACUCGUUCAUAGAAAUAGGUACGAAAAUAUAUCAAAUACAGAAAUGAUGAAAUAUUUCAAAAUAUCCCGCUUCAAGUUCUUCAGAAGCGUUAAAUGUACAAGACAUGAGUUCUGUGUUCGAUCCAGGAUUGUGAAUAGAUUCCUGACAUAUAUCACAGAAAACAUAUUUGUGGCAGUUAUGUCGAAGUAUUUUUAUUCGACCGAAACAUCAUUUUCGAAGUUCAAGGUAUACUAUUUUCCAAGGAGCAGCUGGAGAUACUUUUCAAGUAUGCAUAUAAGCAGCUUUCUGGACAGGUUUGAGACUAUAGAGCCAUGCAAACCAUACCUGUAUUCUGAACUAAGAUGUAUUCCAAAAGCUAAUGGUAUGCGUGUAGUGUGUAACAUGUCAAAGGCUAGAGAUGGGAAGCAAUCGAUUAACAGCCGUGUUUAUCCGGAGUUUUGUAUUCUUAGGAAUGAAUGUUAUGGAAACCUAGGGAAUUCAGUUAUUAAUCAAGCUGGAAUGUAUGAAAAGCUUGCGCCGUAUCUAUCUAGUGUGAGAGGAGAGGCAUAUAUUCUGAAGGUUGAUGUCUCAGGAUGCUUUGACAGCAUUCCUCAAGAACAUGUUAUGAGGAUUGUAAAGGACACAAUCAAUAAAAGCACGUAUUAUAUAAGUAAUAUAUCGGCGCUUGAAGCAGCUGGCAUAGAAGUACGAUGCAGACAAAUUUACAAGGCGUCUAAUAACAUAAUGACUGCUAAUACACUUGUAGAAGAUGCUUGUGGAGUAAAACUCAGAAACAAAUUGGUGAAGGAGAAUGCAGGACAGCGAGUGUUAAGGAAGGAGGAGGUGUGUAAUGCAAUUGCUAAGGUUAUAAACAAGAAUGUAAUAAGAUAUCAUGGAAAGCACUUUGUUCAGAGAACAGGGAUUCCACAAGGAUCAAUUGCGUCUACAUUACUUUGCAGUCUGUAUUACAAUAAGAUUGAUGAGUUGUAUUUCAAUGCGAUUCUGAAGGAUGGGAUGCUAGUUAGGUAUGUCGAUGACUUUCUUGUGAUUUCCCCAUCUCUUGACGAGAUCCUGCGCUUUCUUCAGGUAUUCCAAUCAAUAUCUCAUCUUGGAAUGAAUCUCAGCAGCCAGAAGAUUGAGUCGAACUUUGGAAUUGAGAAGUAUAUGAAACAUUCAGAUUGGAUAACAGAUGCAAUUAUGCAUAAAAGCGAUCUGAGAAUAAUAGAUAAACCUGUAAUAUGGUGUGGCAUGAAGAUAUAUGCGAAUGGAUUCUGUGUAAAACCCUGUGUUGCGGAUCCUUAUAUGAUGUUUUCUAUUACACAUGCUGUACAUCAUCCUGGACAAGGCGUUGCUAUGAAGAUUGGCAAUAUGCUUCGGAACAGAAUGUCCAAGAUGUACAUUGACCGCACCAACCUGAAGACAUAUGAGAAUAUCUACGACAUAUUUCUGCUCUGUGGGAAAAAGCUUGUGCUACAUCUCAAGAGGAUGGACUUCAUAAACCAGAAGUUUGUUGCUAAUGUGCUUGAGAACUCAAAGAUGUUUAUCAUUAAGACAUGUAGAGAACGAGGUGUGAGCAUAUCCAAACGCAUGAUUGAGUCGAUGUCAUCAAAAGCCUUCGAAAAAAGCGGGUUAUACAAAAUUAUGCAGAUCCGAGAAUAG